AGUAAACAAAUUAUGUUAACAAUAUUUUUAAAAAAAAAAUUAUUUAAAAGCUAAAAAUAUUAAUUCGAUCAAGAAUAUAAAUUUUAUUUUCCUAUACGAUUUUUCUUAAAUAAUUUUCAUAUAAUUCACCAUGCGCAAGGCGCGCAUGUCUUUUCCUAGUUUGUAUUAAUAUUUCAAGAAAAUUAUCAUAGAAUUCUGUUGUAUUUAAAAUAAAAAUGAUAAAAUAUGGUAACUUAUCUCAUUAAGCUUAAUGAGAAAAUAUUGUUAAUUAACUAUAUGUGGUGAAUUUUUUCUUCUUCUUUAUAUAUGCCUAUAUUAAACUAGUUUCAUUCUUAUCUUGGCAGAGAUAAGGGUGCCAGACGUCCCAGAAACAAAACAAAGGCAAAAGAAUGCCAUAUAUUGUUUUAUGUUUGUAUUUUAGUUUAUUUUGUCAUUAAUCUCCUAAUUUGAUAUUUUCUGUAAUUUAUGAAAGAAUUAUCUAUUUUUCCAAAUAUUUAACGAAUUGUUAGAUGUUACAUUCGCAAUUUGUGUUUUUUGCACAUAUAUAUUAUAGAAAUACUCCAAAUGAACUAUAAUUAAUAUAACAUUUAUUUUAUAGAAGUAAUUAAGGAUCUUUGUACGUGUAGAAGAAGGUGAUGAUUAUUUAAUUGAAACGUGACACGAAACAUAAACUUAGAGAUAUUUCCUCUUUUUUUAAAGAAUAAUAUAAAAGGAUUUUUUUUUUUGUAUUUGAAGCUUCUUUAUGUGAUUGUAUUUAAUUUUUUUGUAGAUGCUAUUUUACGGGAUUUCACUAACUAUAGCAAUAUAUUUGCAAAUCAUAGGAAACACAAUUAGGAUAAAAAUAUUAGUACACAUAUACAUCAAGAUAACUAUAAAAAUAAAAUUUGUACAUAUAUGUAUCUAUUGUAAACUAUGAUUUUUGUUACCUUCUCCGUCCCUAUCAACUUAACGCACAGUUCUAUUUAAAUCUUUUCAAAAUAUGAGAUUAAGGACUCAUCGGAACACCAAUAAUAUCAAGAGAAAUGAACUCUUCCGACGUUAACUUCUCUCUACUACAAAGCCAACCAAAUAUUCCCCCAGAAUUCUUCUGGCCGGAAAACGAUUUGACCCCUUCAGAAGGAGACCUCAACCUUCCAAUCAUCGACAUGAGUGGAUUCCUGAAUGGGGACGAGGCCGAGACACAGCGUGCAGCUAAGGCUGUAAGAGAAGCGUGCAUGACUCACGGUACCUUUUUAGUGAUCAAUCAUGGCUUCAAGUCGGGCUUGGCCGAGAAAGCUCUUGAUAUAUCGAGUUUGUUCUUUGGACUACCCAAAGAUGAGAAACUAAAGGCUUACAGGACCCCUGGGAAUAUCUCUGGCUAUACUGCAGGUCAUAGCCAGAGAUUCUCCUCCAAUCUUCCAUGGAAUGAGACCUUGACUUUGGCCUUCAAAAAGGGUCCACCUCAAGUUGUUGAGGAUUUUCUAACAUCAAAGCUAGGUGAUCGUCGUCAAGAGAUCGGUCAAGUGUUUCAGGAAUUCAGUGAGACAAUGAACCGUUUGAAUCUGGAGCUGAUGGAGCUACUAGGAAUAAGUAUGGGUCUAAAAGACCGGACAUAUUUCCGGAGAUUUUUUGAAGACGGAAACGCUAUCUUUAGAUGCAACUAUUACCCGCCGUGCAAACAGCCAGAAAAAGCUCUUGGUGUUGGCCCUCAUAAUGACCCGACAGCUAUAACCGUUCUGCUCCAAGACGAUGUUGUGGGUUUGGAAGUCUUUGCUAGUGGAAAGUGGCAGACCGUGCGCCCUCGUCCGGGUGCUCUUGUUGUCAAUGUUGGAGACACCUUCAUGGCAUUGUCAAACGGAAACUACAAGAGCUGUUUCCAUAGAGCAGUGGUUAACAUGGAGAAAGUAAGAAGGUCACUGGUGUAUUUUUCUUGUCCUAGAGAAGACAAGCUCAUCAUUCCUCCUCCUGAACUUGUGGAAGGCGGAGAAACUUCUAGAAAAUACCCUGACUUCACAUGGCAUCAGCUCCAGAGAUUUACCCAGUCUGGCUAUCGAGUCGACAACACCACUCUCGAAAAGUUUUCUUCUUGGAUCGCCUCCGACUCCUCCAGAAAUUAAGCCGUCGAAAAGAGAUCAGCUUCAUUUGUACUUUCUCUAUCCAUAUUUUCGGGGGUGUGUUAUCAUUAGCAGCUUGUUAAUUAUUACUCUAAUUGUUUCAUAUUAUAAAUGUUAUAGCUGUUUUUUAUAUUUGUUGAAUAUUUGAAGUUCAUAUUUAUCAACUAAGAUUAUUA